AUGCCGCUGGUCAAUGGAACGGCCAAGGAGGUGAGAGUGAGUCUCCUGGGUAAAGAAAGCAUCAUCAUCAACUUCGGUCUGUGGCGAAAUCAUGUCGCCUCAGAUUUGCUCACCAACCUUGAGUCAUCCACUUAUGUUUUGAUCACCGACACCAAUAUCAGCUCUCUCUACACCACGACUUUCCGAGAGGCCUUCGAGGCCGAAUCCAAGCAGAAAGCCAGUCCGCCGCGGCUUCUGGUGUACGAAAUCCCCCCGGGAGAGAGCUCCAAGUCCCGCCAGACCAAGGAUGAUAUCGAAGACUGGCUUCUGAGUCAGAGUCCACCAUGUGGUCGAGACACCGUCAUCAUUGCCCUCGGAGGGGGCGUUGUUGGUGACUUGACAGGUUUCGUCGCUGCAACAUACAUGCGCGGGGUUCGGUUUGUUCAGGUGCCAACCACGCUGCUCGCCAUGGUCGACUCGUCGAUAGGAGGGAAGACGGCCAUCGACACUCCUUUAGGCAAGAAUCUCGUCGGAGCCAUUUGGCAGCCACAGAGGAUUUAUAUCGACCUUGAUUUCCUAGGGACUCUCCCCCGAAGAGAACUGAAAAAUGGCAUGGCCGAGGUGAUCAAAACCGCUGCUAUUUCUGACGAGGAAGAAUUCAUUGCGCUCGAAACCAACGCCCACCGUAUCAUGACCGCGGUCAAUUCCGACAUCAAGCAAGGGGCUAGUAGGUUCAAAGAUAUUGAGGCGAUCCUGAUUAGAAUCAUCUCUGCAUCGGCGAAAUUCAAGGCACACGUGGUCACCAUUGAUGAGAGAGAAAGUGGAUUGCGCAAUUUGUUAAACUUCGGCCACUCCAUCGGACAUGCCAUGGAGGCCUUUUUGACCCCUCAAGUCCUUCACGGCGAAUGUGUUGCGAUCGGCAUGGUCAAAGAAGCGGAACUGGCUCGAUUCUUGGGAGUCCUUAGUGGUGUCGCGGUAGGUCGCCUACAGAAAUGUCUGACUGCAUACGGUCUGCCGACACGACUCGAUGACGAGAGGAUACGAAAGCUCUCCGGUGGCAAGAGAUGCACUGUAGACGGCAUGCUCAAGAAAAUGGGCGUCGACAAGAAAAACGAUGGCGCAAAGAAGAAAGUCGUUCUACUGUCUGCGAUCGGCCGUACCUACGAGCAGAAAGCCAGCGUGGUGUCCGAUUCGGACCUUCGUGUGGUACUUUCUCCAGCCGUUGAAGUGGUUCCUGGCGUCCCUCAAGAUCUGACCGCGGUUUGUACGCCACCAGGCUCGAAGAGUGUAUCCAACCGAGCUCUCGUUCUAGCUGCACUCGGCCACGGCACAUGUCGCGUCAAGAACCUGCUCACGUCUGCCGACACCGAAGUCAUGCUGGAAGCGCUCACCAAACUGGGAGCUGCUUCCUUCUCUUGGGAGGAAGAUGGCGAGGUUCUAGUCGUGAAUGGCAACGGCGGUCGCCUCCAAGCCAGUCCAACGCCACUUUACCUGGGCAACGCUGGCACGGCGGCUAGAUUCUUGACGACGGUGGCGACAUUGACGAGCAAAGGGCCUGUGUCAUCUACAGUUCUUACUGGCAAUGCUCGCAUGAAACAACGCCCGAUUGGAGAUCUUGUGGAAGCCUUGAAGGCGAAUGGCACUCACAUCGAAUAUCUUGAGACUUCCGGGUGCCUUCCUCUCGACAUCGCAGCUUCAGGCGGAUUCGAUGGCGGCGAAAUCAACCUGGCGGCAAAAGUCUCAUCGCAAUAUGUCUCUUCCCUGUUGAUGUGCGCGCCAUAUGCGAAGAGGCCGGUCACCCUCAGACUUGUCGGCGGAAAGCCUAUCUCGCAACCGUACAUUGACAUGACCAUUGCGAUGAUGGCAUCUUUUGGCGUCCAAGUGGACAAGUCGAAGACAGAGGAACAUACUUAUCACAUCCCGCAAGGUGUCUAUCACAACCCCCAGGAAUAUGUUGUGGAAAGUGACGCGAGUUCCGCCACCUAUCCACUGGCAAUCGCAGCCAUAACGGGCACAACCUGCACCAUCCCGAACAUUGGUUCAGCGUCUCUGCAAGGAGAUUCACGUUUCGCGAUGGAUGUGCUCAGGCCCAUGGGCUGCGAAGUCGAGCAGACACGGACCUCCACUACAGUGACCGGUCCGCGAAAUGGCGCGUUGAGGCCAUUGCCGAACAUCGACAUGGAGCCUAUGACCGACGCUUUCCUGACAGCCUCUGUGUUGGCGGCCAUCGCCCAGGGGACAACGUCAAAAACCACACGGAUCUACGGCAUUGCCAAUCAGCGAGUGAAGGAGUGCAACCGCAUACAGGCAAUGGAAGACGAGCUGGCAAAAUUUGGCGUCACCUGCAGGCAAUUCGAAGACGGGAUUGAAGUGGAUGGCAUCGACCGGGCUCGGCUACAGCAGCCCAAGGGGGGUGUACACUGCUACGACGACCACCGUGUAGCGAUGAGUUUCAGUGUCCUCGGGCUUGCGGCGUCCCAGCCCACUCUCAUCCUGGAGAAAGAAUGCACUGGAAAGACUUGGCCCGGAUGGUGGGACACCAUGGCGAGACUGUUUCGAGUCAAACUGGAAGGCGUGGAGCUGGACACGGCUGUGCACGCCACGACAAAGCCGCUGGACAGAAGUGCGGCCUCCCUGUUCAUCAUCGGCAUGCGAGGCGCUGGCAAGACCACUUCAGGUCGGUGGGCUGCAAGAUCCCUGGGCAAGAAACUGAUCGACCUCGACACGGAACUUGAGCGUCGAGAGGGCAGGACGAUUCCGGAGAUGAUUCGAGAGAACAGCUGGGAGUAUUUCCGGGAGCGCGAAUUGGCACUUGUCAAAUCCGUCAUGAAAGAGAUGUCCACCGGUUACGUCUUCGCCUGUGGAGGAGGUGUGGUUGAGGCGCCAGAGGCUCGAAAACUGUUGGUAGAUUGGCACCAGACCAAGGGCCAUGUGCUUCUGGUGGAACGGGAUAUCAGUCAAGUGAUGGAUUUCCUCCAGAUCGACAAGACGAGGCCUGCCUACGUUGAAGACAUGAUGGGCGUAUGGCUGCGACGAAAGCCUUGGUUCGAGCAAUGCAGCAACAUCCUGUACUACAGCCAGAACAUCCCCAACGAGCAGAUGUCCGAGGCCGCCGAAGACUUUGAUCGCUUCUUGCGGAUGGUCACCGGCCACAUUGACGUGCUUGCCGAGUUCAAGCGGAAACGAGAGUCGUUCUUCGUGUCCUUGACCUUUGAGGAUCUGCGACCGCAUCUGAACACCCUCCCAGAAGUCUGUCUCGGAUCCGACGCGGUAGAACUGAGAGUGGACUUAUUGAAAGAGCCGGGAUCACCAAACGCCAUCCCUUCCACGGAGUACGUGACUUCGCAGCUCUCUCUGCUCCGAGCAACCGUGCCUCUGCCUGUGGUCUUCACCAUCCGGACGAGCUCGCAGGGGGGAAAAUUCCCCGACACCGCCCAGGCCGAAUAUCUCGCCCUGUGCAGGCUUGCGAUCCGGAUGGGCUGCGAAUUUGUCGACGUGGAAGUGGCCUCGUUCCCGGAGUCCAUCCUCAACACAAUCCUGGACUUGAAGAGCAAGUCGUAUAGCAAGAUCAUCGCAUCGCACCACGACCCGCAAGGCCGGCUGUCGUGGUCCCAACCAGGCUCCUGGAUCUCCGUGUACAACCAAUGCGUACAGUACGGGGACGUGGUGAAGUUGAUCGGCGUGGCCCAAACGAUUGACGACAACUUCUCCCUACGUCGCUUCAAGCAGUGGUCGGCAUCGCAGCACCCGGAGCUGCCGCUGAUUGCCAUCAACAUGGGCCGGGCCGGACAGGCGUCGCGCGUACUCAACGGCUUCAUGACCCCCGUCAGCCACCCGGCACUGCCGUUCAAGGCCGCCCCCGGUCAACUGUCGGCCACGGAGAUCCGACAAGGCCUGACGCUGCUGGGGGAGAUUGCGCCGCGGCAGUUCUACCUGUUCGGCUCGCCGAUCCAGGCCAGCAAGUCGCCGGCGCUGCACAACCGGCUGUUCCAGAAGACGGGCCUUCCACACACGUAUUCGCUGUGCGAGACGACGUCGUUGGACGAGAUCAAGGCCAAGAUCCGCGCGGAGGAUUUCGGCGGUGCCAGCGUCACGAUCCCGCUCAAGCUGGACGUGAUGCCGCUUCUGGACGAAGUGGACGCGACGGCGCGGCUCAUUGGCGCGGUGAACACGAUCGUGCCCGUCCCCGACGCCCGGACCGGGACGACGAAACUGGUCGGCCGCAACACCGACUUCCUCGGCAUGAUCGACUGCCUGCGCGCGGCGGGGGCGUCGCCCGCGCUCGGCGACGGCGAGCAAUCCGGCCUGGUCAUCGGCGGAGGCGGCACCGCGCGCGCCGCCAUCCAGACCCUCCACACAAUGGGAUACCGGCCCAUCUACCUGACUGGCCGCAACCAGGCCAAGAUGGCCGAGCUGGCCGCCAGCUUCCCGCCCGUCUACGAGCUGGUGGUGCUCGACCCUGCGACCAACACGGACACGGACACGGGCGUGCAGACGCAGAUUUCGGUCCCACUCACCGUCGCCAUCGCCACCAUCCCAGCCAACGUCCCCAUCGACCCGGCGCUCAGCAACGCGCUUCGCGCCAUCUUCGCCCUUCCCCUGCCCGCCACCACCUUGCCCAAAGGCCAGGGCUCCGCCGCGCCCCAGCGCACCCUGCUCGAGCUCGCCUACAAGCCCGCCCACACGGCCGUCAUGGAGACGGCCGAGAGCGUCGGCGGCUGGAAGACCGUGCAGGGCCUCGAGGUUCUUGUCACUCAGGGCGAGUGGCAAUUCGAGUACUGGUCCGGUAUUCGCGUGCGAGGCCUCGCCGGCCGCAUAUCAAGGGUAAGUUAG